UGCAGGAGACAUCACUUCCUGAGGAAUGCAUUUGGCCCUUCAAGGAUUUUAAGUUGUGUCUUCCCUGGAAUCAUGAACCUCACUUGCGUCUUUACCAAGACAACAAACUUAACUAUUGAUCCCCUUGGGGGCCACCAGGUAUGGGAGGUGGUUCUGAUUGUGCUUGUGUCUGGGCCUCUUUCCAUUAUCACCAUCCUAGGUAACCUCCUGGUGGUCAUCUCAUUCCGUGUCAACAGUCAUCUACGAACCAUCAGUAACUACUAUCUGCUGAGUUUGGCAGUGGCAGACUUGAUCUUGGGUACUGUGUCAAUGAACCUAUAUACAGCAUAUGUAAUAAUGGGUCGCUGGACAUUGGGACAUCUCGCCUGUGAUCUGUGGUUGGCACUAGACUACGUAGCAAGCAAUGCCUCAGUAAUGAACCUGCUGGUCAUAAGCUUUGACCGGUAUUUUUCUGUGACUCGACCUCUGACUUAUCGUACAAAGCGUACGCCCAAAAAAGCAGCAGUUCUGAUUGCUCUUGUAUGGGUGGUGUCAUUUAUACUGUGGGGACCUGCUAUCUUGUUUUGGCCACAUGUGGUAGGACGACCAUCUGGGGAUGAAGCUCAUGACUGUUCAAUUCCCUUCUUGAAGGUGCCUCCACUAACAUUUGGCACAGCAAUCGCUGCAUUCUACCUACCUGUCAGCAUUAUGAUUAUUCUGUAUUGGCGAAUUUAUUGGGAAAUUGAGAACCGAGCAAAAGGGCUUGCCAGUUUUAUUGGGUCUGUGAAAAAAACUAGGGAAGUUAUGGAUGGGUUGGAAAAACAAUCUAUAUACGAAGCCAGCGACAAGGGCAGCUUAAGUCACUCAAAGAAAAACAUUUCUCGAAAGGGGCAAGGGUUGGCCAAAGACAGUUGGGUGUCAGUUCAGUGUUUUCCUUGGAGACAAAAUUCCCUCAGGUCAACAAGGAGCAAAAUGGCAGCCAUUUUGCCAAAGUCAACUCAAGAGCAUUACAAAGAGGCUUGCAGCAACAGUAGCUGGAACAUUGAAGAUGAGGAUGAGGAAGAUGUUGGUUCCUUGUCUUCCUCUACUGAGGAGGAACAUGAGCAGAACAGUAAGGUAAGAAGACCUUCAUGCAGUGCAGCUGUAAUUAAGUUAAAGGACCUGCAAAGUAAAUCAGAGGAUACCAAGGGUGUGCAAGAACAAUUCACAACAGCAAGAAAUUCAUCAACAGAGCUUCCCACAAGAGAGACACUCUCUAAAACACCCAGAAAAACUGACCACAUCAUCUGCCACCAGCCUAGAUCAAAACAUCGCACAAGUAUGAUUAUUAAAGAAAAAAAAGCAGCCCGAACAUUAAGCGCCAUCUUGUUGGCUUUCAUCUUAACUUGGACACCAUACAAUAUCAUGGUUUUGGCUUCCAUUUCAUACUGUGUUCCAGAAAAGCUCUGGCAGCUCGGAUACUGGCUGUGUUAUGUAAACAGUACAAUCAAUCCCAUGUGCUACACACUCUGCAAUGAGUCCUUCCGGGUUACCUUCAAGGCGUUGCUGCUUUGUCGACAUGGAAAUAAACAAAAGUGGGACACAAGUGGCUGGAGUCACAAUGCCUUGGUGAGGCUGAAUAAGUCUUAA